GCCGAACUCCGGAAGUAGUUGAGAAAGCGGAGGCGCCGGAGUCUGAUCGUCUGCUGGGGCUGCUUAAGGUUCUUCGCCGCCAUGGGGAAGCGACAACACCAGAAGGAUAAGAUGUACAUCACCUGCGCUGAGUACACUCACUUCUAUGGUGGCAGAAAGCCAGAUAUCACACGGACAAGUUUUCGCCGCUUACCUUUUGACCACUGUAGUCUCUCCCUGCAGCCUUUUGUCUACCCGGUCUGCACUCCGGAAGGUGUCGUCUUUGAUUUGCUGAACAUUGUUCCAUGGCUUAAGAAGUAUGGGACCAACCCCAGCAAUGGAGAGAAACUUGAUGGGAAGUCCUUGAUCAAGCUGAACUUUGCAAAGAACAGUGAAGGGCAGUACCACUGUCCAGUGCUGUACUCGGUGUUCACUGACAACACGCAUAUUGUGGCUAUCAGGACAACUGGCAAUGUCUACACCUAUGAGGCAGUGGAGCAGCUAAACAUCAAGGCCAAGAACUUGAGGGACUUAUUGACUGAUGAGCCCUUUUCCAGGCAAGACAUCAUCACCCUGCAGGACCCCACCAACCUGGACAAAUUCAAUGUUUCCAACUUCUUCCAUGUGAAGAAUAACAUGAAAGUCAUAGAUCCAGAUGAAGAAAAGGCCAAACAGGACCCAUCUUAUUACUUGAAAAAUACGAAUGCUGAGACCCGAGAGACACUACAGGAGCUCUACAAAGAAUUCAAAGGAGAUGAGAUUUUAGCAGCGACUAUGAAGGCACCUGAGAAGAAGAAGGUGGACCAACUGAAUGCUGCCCACUACUCCACAGGAAAGGUCAGUGCAUCCUUCACCUCCACUGCCAUGGUACCCGAGACCACGCAUGAAGCAGCUGUCAUUGAUGAGGAUGUUCUACGCUACCAGUUUGUGAAGAAGAAGGGCUAUGUGAGGCUGCACACCAACAAGGGCGACCUUAACCUGGAGCUGCACUGUGACCUGACACCAAAAACCUGUGAAAACUUCAUCAAGCUCUGCAAGAAACAGUAUUAUGAUGACACCAUCUUUCAUAGGUCCAUCAGGAACUUUGUGAUCCAGGGCGGUGACCCCACAGGUACAGGCACAGGUGGAGAGUCCUACUGGGGCAAGCCUUUCAAAGAUGAGUUCCGCCCCAACCUCUCCCACACAGGCCGUGGGGUGCUCAGCAUGGCCAACUCGGGGCCCAACACCAACAAGUCUCAGUUCUUCAUCACGUUCCGCUCCUGUGCUUACCUGGAUAAGAAGCACACCAUCUUCGGACGGGUUGUUGGGGGUUUUGACACACUGACAGCUAUGGAGAAUGUGGAGAGUGACCCCAAAACUGACCGUCCUAAGGAGGAAAUACGCAUAUGUGCAACCACGGUGUUUGUGGACCCCUAUGAGGAGGCUGAUGCCCAGAUUGCCCAGGAGCGGAAAAAGACACAGCAGCAAGUGGAUCCAGAGGCCAAGGUCAAGACGAGCCAGCCCCAGCCUGGAAACCAGGGCCCCCAGACAUACCGCCAGGGGGUGGGCAAGUACAUUAACCCAGCAGCCACGAAGCGAGCAGCAGAGGAAGAACCAUCAACCAGCACAGCUGUCCCCAUGGCCAAGAAGAAGCCCAGCCGGGGCUUUGGGGACUUCAGCUCCUGGUAGCAGCAGGCUGGUCUCAUGGAUCCUGGUAGGGUGCAUGGCUGUGGGCUUCAGUCUUUGAGCUGUCUGUCGUUGUCAAAUUUGGCUCUGAGCCAAUAAACCUCUUGCCUAUGGCUAGAUCCAGUUUUGGCCCCUGGGACCCCUGCCUUUCGAUCCCUCGUCUGGUGCCAAUGGCCCUGUCUUGGGUUAGCGAGGAAGGCUAUGUCCUUUACCCACCCCCACCCCAGCCAUCUCUGCCCCAGGAUGGCUGUGUGCUCACUCAGCACAGUUCCCUGGCCAGUGCCACUACCGGUGUAUUCUUUAAAAAAUGCAGAUGUUCAGGGAGCCGCUAUAAUCCCAGCAUGCAGAAUGCCAAGGCAGGAAGGUUGAGUGCUGAGGGCUAACCUGGGCUACAAAGGGAGACUCUCUCAAAAGAAAUUUAGAUGUAGAGAUUGAGACUGGUUUGGAUCCUGCGGUGGAGUUUGCCCUCCCAGGCUGACUUCCUUCUGUUGACAGCUCUUCCGUAGGCACUCGCUCUGCCCUUGCCUGGGGCAGGCGUGCUUGAUGUCCUAUCUGCUCAGCUGCCCAGUCAGUAGCUUGUGCACAAGGUCCCCCAGGAAGAGGUGGCCUCCCUGCUGAUUCCUUUCUAUUGACAGUCACUAACUACUUAUUUUGUGUUUCUGAGCCAGGGUCUCUCUGUAUGUACCCUUGGCUGUCUGAAACUCACUAUGUAAGUUCAAGCUGACCUUGAACUUAGAUCCACCUGUCUCUACCUCCCCAAGUGCUGGGUGGGAUUAGAUAUGUGCAUCAUGUCUGGUUUACCAACUCCUUCUGACUCCAGGGCAGUCUCUUGAUCCUGAAAAUGAUUUUAUGGCCAGGCAGUGGUGGCACACACCUUUAAUCCCAGCACUCGGGAGACAGAGACAGACGAUCUCUUUGAGUCCAAGGCCAGCCUGGUCCACAGACCGAGUUUCAGGACAGCCACAGCUAUUAUAUAGAGAAACCCUGUCUCAAAAAACCAAGAGAGAAAAGAAAAGGCUCUUGGCAUCAGCUCUUCUGUGCUGACAGCUUCUAGCCAUCGUUUGUCAUUGCCUUGCCUUCCAUCUUGAACCUGAGCUGACUUCCAGCUUUCCCCAGCUGCCCCUUCAGAAGUGUGGGCACUGUGUCCUCUGGAGGCUGUGUCACGUUAUGGCGUAUAUUCUCUGGCCUGCCUAUGGCUCCCUUGUCCUUGGGUCACCACUGUUUAGAGGGUGCCACAUUAAAUUGUAACUUAGGCUUGA